UAUUUUAUUUCCUUUUUCUGGAGAUAAAAGAAGUGAAGUGGAGCAUCGAGUAAACAAUCGUUCUCGUUCCUUGGUUCGUGGGGUUCAACUUCAGCUUCAGCUUCAACUUCAACUUCAAAUUCUUACUGAAACCAAAUCAAAAUCAAAUUCAAAUCGUUAACAAAAUCUGAAUUUAGAUUUGAGAUGGAAAGGCUUCAGCGAAUGUUCGCAGGUGCAGGUGGAGCACUAGGGCAUCCACCCCCAGAUUCUCCAACUCUUGAUUCCUCCGAGCAAGUCUACAUCUCUUCCCUCGCUCUUCUUAAGAUGCUUAAGCACGGAAGGGCUGGGGUACCCAUGGAGGUGAUGGGUCUGAUGUUGGGGGAAUUCGUGGAUGAGUACACCGUUCGUGUCGUUGAUGUCUUUGCAAUGCCACAGAGUGGCACUGGUGUUAGUGUUGAAGCAGUAGAUCAUGUUUUUCAGACUAAUAUGCUUGAUAUGCUCAAACAGACUGGAAGGCCAGAGAUGGUUGUUGGCUGGUACCAUUCACAUCCUGGAUUUGGCUGUUGGCUGUCUGGUGUUGACAUCAAUACACAGCAGAGCUUUGAGGCUUUGAAUCAACGUGCAGUGGCUGUGGUUGUAGAUCCAAUACAAAGUGUUAAAGGAAAAGUGGUGAUUGAUGCUUUUCGAUUGAUCAAUCCACAGACAAUGAUGCUUGGUCAAGAACCAAGGCAAACAACAUCCAAUCUGGGGCAUCUAAAUAAACCAUCCAUUCAAGCAUUGAUCCAUGGGUUGAACCGGCAUUACUAUUCCAUAGCCAUUAAUUACAGGAAGAAUGAACUUGAGGAGAAGAUGUUGCUUAAUCUUCACAAGAAGAAAUGGACCGAUGGUUUGACACUUCAUCACUUUGAUACACAUUCCAAAACUAAUGAACAAACUGUACAGGAAAUGCUGAACUUAGCUAUCAAAUACAACAAGGCUGUUCAAGAGGAAGAUGAGCUGCCCCCGGAAAAGCUUGCAAUAGCAAAUGUGGGAAGACAAGAUGCCAAGAAGCACCUUGAAGAGCAUGUCUCAAAUUUGAUGUCAUCUAACAUUGUUCAAACUCUCGGAAUGAUGCUUGACACUGUUGUCUUCUAGAGUUGUCAAAUUGGACCUUCUGGUUUCUCUAGCGUGAAGUGGAGGCAAGUUAAUUCAUUACAAUUGCUGUUUCCUAAUUCUUCUCAAAACUAUAUUUGAAGGCAGAUGUAUUCUUUGGACGAGCUGAAAAGGUCAAGAAAGUUAAACUUAGCACACAGUAGUUUGUGCGAUGUCUUCCUUAA